AUGGAAGCACCCGCAGCAUCCCAAAAAUGGAGCUCUAGUAUUUUACAAGCUCUUUGUCAAAUCGCGCCAAACAUCACCUAUUUAGAUACUGAGCUGGUUAUACCGUUGCCAACAUCUAUCGACAUGGCAAACGCAACCUUUCACCUGCGCAACAUUGAAUACCUCAAUCUAAACGGGACAGAGAUAGGACCUGAGAUGUUGUCUUCAUUGGUCCAUUCCUGUGGACCACUGAAAGGUUUCAAGUAUCGACCAGCCACCUGGAACAUGUAUGGAUGGCGUCCUCGGACGCGAGAAACUGCCGAUAUCACCGCUGGGUCGAUACUGGAUGCACUCAGACCUCACGCAAAUACGUUAGAGUCUUUGGAAUUAAACAUUAUGGAAAAUGUCUUCCGUUCAGGCCGUCGGGAGCAGCUGGAAUCCAUGCGACAUUUCGAAACUCUCACAUACUUGGGACUGGAUAGCUUCUGCUACGACGGGCGACAGUCCCUAGGCAACAUUCUCCCAGGCAGACUGGAGACUAUAGAAAUCACAUGCAUGCAUGAAACGAUGCAUGAAGAUGUCUUGGAGCUGGCGCGUUUAGCCAAUUGGCUUCCCAACCUCCACACGGUUAAUUUAUAUCCUUGGCCCAAUAGCACGAGCUGCCCUACGAGUAUUCUCAAAAUCUCGGCCAUUGCUGAGAAAUUUCGACAAAGAAACGUAGUAUUCUCAUUCUCUCACGGAACUUACCUCGAUCGCGCAUCCAAAUGGGGGUGUGCCAGCUUUCUAAACCGCUUGGCCCCGUGGUACCCUCCUCACGGACAGCUUGAGACAACAGCUUAG